CAGAAACAGUUUCAGUUUGUGCUACAAACGCGUUUUGAACGGUACAUGUUGCAUGUGACGCGCAUUCGUUGAGUGAGAGAAUCGAAGCAUAGAAACCAGAAUAAACUCGUAUCGAACUCUGAGACAUAAACAAUCUGAACUACCUGAAGUGAAGGUGUGCAAAAGCUGAAAGAAAAACAUGUGAAGCUAACAGCAACCAAAAAAGUAAUAAAAUAUAAAUAAAAAAAAUCAAGUUUGUGUUUAGUGCAUGAAUAUAGCAAAAAACGGCGAAAUUAGUUGACAAAGACAGCGUCAAUUGUGAACUGUAAAAUUGUGAAUUGGCAAGCACACGAAAGCAAGGUGUCUAGCAUAGCCGAACUGAGCUGAGACCGAGUCGUGCAUCAGUUCGUGUCGUCUCAUCGUCAUCGUCGCCGUCGUCGUCGCUGUCGUCGUGGUGUGUGUUUAUUUAACACAGUUCCUCGUGCUUUGGCCACUCAGUUCGUAUUCGCAGCUCGUGCCGUGCGUUCGUCCUUCACCCAUACACACAAACACAUACACAUACAUACGUCCACACACAUACGCACGCGGAACACGCUCGCAUUUGUGAUCCGAUUCGGAAUUCGCGCUCAUCGCGUCGAACAUGUGAAUACAUGCAAACAAUUCGAAUCUAGUCGAGAUCAGUCGAUGCUCCCUGGCUCAAUGCUCCACAUCGUGUGCUCGCAUCGUUUUUGUUGUUGUUGUCGUUGAGCGAGAAUACCAGCUGCUACCUCUGAUCUAUCUCUGUGUGUGUGUGUGUGCGCGCGAGUCUGAGGAGUGCCGAAGCUUUAGUUUAUAGCCAUCGAAAGCGUUGACCAGCAAGAUGGCCAGGUUGCGGCAGAGCCUGCUCGGCGGUUGGCUGCUCGCGCUUGCCGCCCAAAUAAUUUAUGUGGAUUACGCUCGGGCGGAUUAUGAGAACACUUGGAAUUUAUAUUACGAGCCGCCGUGUUGCACGGGCGCAGCAGCAGCUGUUGGCCAUCACCUGCGGCAUCACAAAGAGCAUGUCAAGGACUUCAGCUGCGGCCCGCUGCACUACAAAACCUUUUACAUGGAUGAGCGCAACAAUGCGCUCUACGUCGGCGCCAUGGAUCGCAUUUUUCGUCUCAAUCUGCGCAACAUCAGCCAAUCGAUAUGCGAGCGCGAUGUGCUCAUACUGGAACCCACCGGCUCCGACAUACUCAACUGUGUGUCCAAGGGCAAGCGAGAGAAGGUGGAAUGCCGCAAUCACAUACGCGUCAUUCAGCCAAUGAACUUCAAUGGACAUCGACUCUACGUCUGCGGCACCAAUGCGCACAAUCCCAAGGACUACGUUAUAAAUGCCAACUUAACACAUUUACCCAGAUCCCAGUACGUGCCCGGCAUAGGGUUGGGCAUCGGCAAGUGUCCCUACGAUCCCGCUGACAACUCAACCGCCGUCUAUGUGGAAAACGGAAAUCCCUUUGGUUUGCCAGCGCUGUACGCGGGCACAAAUGCGGAAUUCACCAAAGCCGACUCGGUUAUAUUUCGCUCGGACCUCUUCAACUUCACCAAUGGCCGCAAAGAGGCCAACUUCAAGCGCACUGUUAAAUAUGACUCCAAAUUACUAGACAAACCAAAUUUCGUUGGCUCCUUUGACAUUGGGGACUUUGUCUACUUCUUCUUCCGCGAGCAUGCCGUGGAGUACAUCAACUGCGGCAAGGCCGUCUACUCGCGUGUGGCACGCGUCUGCAAGAACGAUCGCGGGGGCAAGUACAUGAUCAGCCAGAACUGGGCGACGUAUCUGAAGGCGCGCAUGAACUGCAGCAUCUCGAGCGAGUUCCCCUUCUACUUCAACGAAAUACAAUCCGUCUACAAGAUGCCCAACGACGAUAGCAAGUUCUAUGCCACGUUUACAACGAAUACAAACGGACUGAUUGGUUCGGCAGUCUGCAGUUACGAUAUCCGGGAUAUCAAUGCGGCCUUUGAAGGCAAGUUCAAGGAGCAGGCGACAUCGAACAGCGCCUGGCUGCCCGUGCUGAACUCGAAAGUGCCGGAGCCACGUCCGGGCACAUGCCACAACGACACCGCAACAUUGCCGGACUCGGUGUUAAAUUUCAUACGCAAACAUCCGCUAAUGGACAAGGCGGUCGAUCAUGAAUUUGGCAAUCCGGUGUUCUACAAACGAGACGUUAUACUCACCCGCCUCGUCGUCGACAAAAUACGCAUUGAUAAACUGAACCAAGAGUUUCUGGUCUACUUUGUGGCCACGAGCACCGGACACAUCUAUAAAAUCGUGCAGUUCAUGCACUACGGCCAACGCCACUCGAAUCUGGUGGACAUCUUUGAGGCGUCGCCACGCAACGAGCCCAUACGGGAGCUGACGCUCAGCCAGAAGACGGCCUCGCUCUACCUGGCCACCGACCAUCAGGUGAAGCAGAUCGACUUGGCCAUGUGCGCGCGUCGCUACGACAGCUGCUUCCGCUGCGUGGCCGAUCCGUACUGCGGCUGGGACAAGGAGGUGAAUGCCUGCCGGCCGUAUCAGCUGGGCCUGCUGCAGGACGUGGCCAACGAGACGUCCGGCAUCUGCGACACGAGCGUGCUGCGCAAGCGCGUCACCUCCUCCUACGGCCAGACGCUGCACCUCUCCUGCUUCGUCAAGAUGCCCGAUGUGCUGCGCAAGAAGCAGACGCGCUGGUACCAUCACUCCACGGAGAAGGGACGCUACGAGGUGCGCUACACGCCCACGAAAUACAUCGAGACCAACGAAGGCGGCCUGGUAUUGUUGGCUGUGAAUGAGGGCGAUGGCGGCCGAUACGACAGCUAUCUGGAUGGCACCCUGCUCUGCAGCUACGGCGUCACCGUGGAUGCGCACAGAUGCUCGCCUCCUUCGCAGAAGCAGGACUACCAGAAGAUCUACUCGCACUGGUGCAACGAGUUCGAGAAAUACAAAUCAGCCAUGAAGCAGUGGCAGGCCAAGCAGGAGCAAUGCGGCCUCAAGGACAAAUCAGCAACAAGCAGCAACGGCGGCAGCAGCAGCAGCGGCAGCAGCUCUAGCAGCAGCAGCAGCAGCAAUGGCAAACAUGUCAACGAUGUGUUUAGCAACGACGCCCUGGUCUGACCCAGAAAGUACUUGUACAGCUCCGAGUUCUUGUCGGCGGGCGCACGCCCCAGUUUUGGCCAGCACUUGUACAUUUUCGUGUUUCUGCUAGCCCUGUGCACUAGUUUCUAAAAGUCUCUAGUCGAACUAGCCAGAGCAACAGCAACAGCAACAGCAACAACAACAGCAACGAGCAGCAGCAGCAGCGAAUGGAUGGAGAGUAUCAGCACCCAGAAAGCAGUGACAAGAGCCGAGCAACCAACUACAAAGACUGAAAUUUUUAAGCUUUUGAAAGACAAUAUUUCAAUAUGUUUUCAAUAUGUGUUUUUAUUUGCUUCAUUUACACACACACACACACAUAUAUAUACACCAAUAUAUAUAUAUAUAUUGUUUAGUGCUCUUCGUUUGGCAUUCAAAUUAACAACAGCAAAUAUCAAAUAGCAAAAGUCUCACAAACCGAACAACCACAUUUGAUUGAUUUCCAUAUGAAAGUACACCGAAAACAUAUACAUACAUACAUACACCCAUAUAUAUAGCCAGAAUGAAGUGGAGAAGGCGCUAAGCAAGUGUAAAGAGUAAACGCUAAAAAGUUACUAACAAAAGGAUCCUGCCAUAAUGAAAAAUGGAAAAUACGGUUUUACAUGGAACAGAGAGUCGCUCUAUCUAUCUCUUACACUCACACUCUCUGUCUCUGUCUCUAUUUCUAAUUCUAAUUCUAUUUCAAUUGCGACUGCGAUUGCUUCAACAAGGAACGAAACGAAAAUAUGAAAGAAAACAAAUAACAAAAUGAUACUAAAUUAUGCUAAGAUAUUUACUCGUAAUACAACCAUCUACAGGACACUCACACACACACUCACUCAUAUAAGUAUAUGUAUAUAUAUAUACAUAUAUUCAAUUUGAGCUCAACAUUUUCUUGCCUCAGUUUGUGUAUAUAUUAUUUAGAUGUUUUGUGCAUUGCGAACGGCACAAAUCGAAUACAAAUAUGCGAAACAGAAGAAAAUGAAAGAAAUAAAAUAAAAGACAAAAACAAAAACAAGAACAGAGACAACGUCGCUUGGCCAUGGGAAGAUCUUAAACGAAUUUGUAUAUUAACUAGCAAUAUUUGUUUAAUAAUUCUAGUAUUAGUUAUACGAAUAGCUAUGUAUAAAUAGUUCGUAGACAAGAAAACAAAAACAAAAGUUUAAAUACUAAACUCGGUAUUUUACGGAACCAAAAUUUCAACAAAUACUUCUAGAAAUCAGCCCAACUUCAGCUAGGUUAAGGCGAGUUUGUACAUAGCGCUGCUUUAGUUGUAAUCGCAGAACUCUAACCGUACAUUAAGUGUAACGUGUAUUUAGUUUUAUCCUUGAUUUGAGAGACGACUUUUUUAACGGCUAAAUGAAAACACGCUAACGGCAUUCGGGCCGUUGUUGUACAGAUGGCGCGUUAGCCUGAUGUUUACUAUAAGCAAUAUAUAUGCAUAUACACAUAGUUACUGCAUUGAGACCAACAUGCUCACACACACACAGAGACACACACACACUCAUACACAUAUAUCUAUAUAUAUUUAGGGAUACUUAACCAUAGCUAUAAGUCAGUUGGUGUGGCAAAUACAUUUUAGUAAAUCUCGAAAUGGCAGUCAGGCAUGUUAAAGUAGAAGAACUUAUUAAACGAUUAUACAAGAGAAAUAUUAAUAGAACUGCCAGCAGCAAUAGAUUGAAAUGCAUUUGGAACGCACUCAAACACAAACACACACACACACACACACAUACAUAAAUGGAAAACUAAACGCUUCUCUCUGAACGAUGAGCCAAGGCAACAAGCCUGGCGACAUUAUCGAAGAAGUGCAUAUAUACAGAUAAUCCAUAUGUACUUAAUAUAUAUAUACAUGCAUACAUACAUACAUAUAUGUAUGCUACGUAAAUUAAUGAAAUAUUUUUCUAAAAGUUUUCUCAGCAAAAGCCACAAAACCAAAAUUUUAAUGUUUCCAACUAGAAAUUAUCCACACACUCCCAAAUAGAGCAACUGAAAUACAGAAACGUUUUAGCUUAAUCCUCGGAUCUAACCAUUGUAAAUGAACUACAAAAAAAAAAUAAAAAUAAAAAUAUUAAAAAUAAAAGUGAAAAACAACAAAUAUUUCUAUGUAUUUUUCAGCUAAUCAUGCUCUGAGCUUCUGACUUGAUCCACAAGUUUCUUUUGCUUUUGGUAAACCAUUUGAUUUCGAUUUAUUGUAAAUAAUUCAAAGAUUAUGUGAAAUGUUUUGUAUGACAAUCACAUGAUGUUGAGCAAAUAAAAAUAUGAUGACCCGUAAAUGAAGCAAAUUGCAAUGUCGGUAUUUGAAUAAAAAGAAAAAUAAACAAAUAAAAGCAGCAACAAAAACAAAAACAACUAAU